GCACCGCUGGUAAUCACAGUUAAUUACCGUAUCAGUGUGAACUGCGGCAUAUUUUCUUUUGACGGAAUAAAUCGAAACGCACCUAGUAGUUUUACAGUACCACGUAACUCGCCAUGGAUUUCGCUGGACGCCUUGGAAUUGCCUGUCUUUUAGCACUGCUGGGUAUGGUGAUGGUAGAGGCAUACCGCGGCGACACGGAUGCGUACUAUAUCCAACCGAGUCUGCAUUUGGGCGGCGCUCGCCCCGCGCCCACUUACAACCAGAACAGCCAGUUUCUCUGGAAUCUACCAAAGAUUCCACAGAAGGUCCCCAACAUUCUGCCGUACGAUGAAAACCCGGGCGCCGGCUACGGUCCAGUCGGCUGGAAAGGUCAACAUGAGGGCAUCAGUCCCAGCCGAGCGACAGUGCAGUCCGUGUGCCGCGUCACCACCUCCGUUCUCACGGAAACCAUCCGGACAUGUUCGAGGGGACACGGCACCCAGUUUCCCCAAGCCUCCUGUUCGCCUAGCUCGCCGUGUCCUGCAGCGCCCUGUCUGACCACAACGAUCACGGUGAGGACUGCACGAUAUUCCACAAUCUGUGUGUCGGAAACGGUCAUCCAAAUUGAUGCGAGUCCGUCGGAGCAAGAUUACGUUAUCGGAACGUUUGGAAGCUUCGUUCUGUCUACGUGCAUAACACUGCGGAGCCAAGAGAUCUUGGAAGUGGCAUCCGCGAGCUCACCAUGCUACACCAUAACUAUCACUGCAUCUCCUCUUCCGGAGACAAACUGCGUCAAAACAUGGAACUGUCACGGUGUUCGGUAGGGGUGUCACAACCGAAAGCGGCAAUUAUAUUUUUUCUAGUGGAGCAAGCCUUCCCCCUUUCCAGUACAUUCUCUUCCUACUCGUAGAGACCUUCAAGUGGCCACCUAUGUUAAGUCAAUGGGCGACAUACCUUCAAGUGGCCAGGCAUCAGUUAUUUGGCCCCAGAACCGAUUUUCUUCCCGUUUUUUGGUACAGCAUGUUCAGCUCAACUUGCU